CGGGCGUGGCGAAGGGGCGGGGCUGCAGGCUGCUCGCUGCGCACAGUCCCAGGUCAGAACUCAGUGCCCCGGGCAGCGAGGAGUGCGGCGCCGUGAUGCUGCGGGCGGGACCACCAACGGGGGAUUUACCCCGGGCCGGAGAAGUCCACACUGGGACAACCAUUAUGGCAGUAGAGUUCCAUGGAGGUGUUGUGGUGGGUUCUGAUUCUCGGGUGUCUGCAGGACAGGCUGUGGUGAACCGGGUGUUUGACAAGCUGUCCCCCUUACACGAUCGCAUCUACUGUGCGCUCUCUGGUUCGGCUGCCGACGCCCAGGCUGUGGCCGACAUGGCUGCCUACCAGCUGGAGCUCCAUGGGAUGGAACUGGAAGAACCUCCGCUUGUUCUCGCUGCUGCAAACGUGGUGAGAAAUAUCAGCUACAAAUACCGGGAGGAUCUGUCUGCACACCUCAUGGUAGCCGGCUGGGACCAACGCGAAGGUGGCCAGGUAUAUGGAACCCUGGAUGGAAUGCUGACUCGACAGCCCUUUGCAAUUGGUGGCUCUGGGAGCACCUAUAUCUACGGCUAUGUGGAUGCAGCAUAUAAACCAGGCAUGUCUCCUGAGGAGUGCAGGCGCUUCACCACGGAUGCUAUUACUCUGGCCAUGGGCCGGGAUGGCUCUAGUGGGGGUGUCAUAUACCUGGCCACUAUUACAGCUGCUGGUGUGGACCAUCGAGUGAUCCUGGGCAAUGAGCUGCCGAAAUUCUAUGACGAGUGAAUCUUCCUCAGAUGCCUCUCCUUAUUUUGUAAUAAACUCUCCAAUAAGUGA